UGCGUGCGCGUCUACCGCCGCUGUUGCUGCUGGCCAGCGGACCGCUCUUGUACACACUCCUUUCGCGAGGCUCGCAGAAGCCGCGUUACGAUCGAGCCGCGAGGCAACACGUCCGCCUUUCUCUCUAUCUCUGUCUCUGCGCUACCUCAGUCUUUCCCUUCGACUUUGAAGAUACCCUGUACACAGGACGAUCUCUUCGCACCCGAGUCAGCUCUUCGUUUCGCAAGCCCGUUCAGCUGGUGUGCCAAGAGCUGUGGAUCCCGAGCGAGUCUGAGGCUGCGGAGGCUCCAGCAUGGGAGUGGUGAAACCUGCUCCCGAGAGCAUCCUCGAGGAAGCGGUCGUCCCCAGUGAAGAGGCCAACCACUCGCUGCAGAUCUACGCCGCGGACGAGUGGGGUGACGGCUUUCCGUAUCAGGUGCUGAUAGGCACAGGCGUGGCGCUCAUGGCUCUGGUGCUGCUGGCAGCUGUGAGCUUUCAGUGCUCGUCGACAUGGCGCUGGCUCAUGGGGGUGGCUCGUCAGGACGGCCAGGACGAUGUCGAGGGCGAUCUCUCGCAGCAGAACGCCAUACGCAUCAGUCACUCGCUGCCCGACUUGCAGUCCGAGCCCAUCACCCACGAAUACGUGCAAGAGCAGAAGGAUAACAAAAAAGUACAGGUUCCAGGCGAGAAUAGUUGUCGUAGAGUAGAUGUCGCCUGUUGGUCUGUGCUGAGACAAACAACACUACCUAUCGUACCCAUGAGACAUCAAAGUUUCCAGCGUCAACUAUCGCACCGACUCGACUUGCCUAACAUCAAAUUUAGCAUUUGUAGUCUAGAGAAUCGCAGCGAUUCACGUCUUGGCCUUAUCAAACCGGAGCUGUAUAAGAAGGAUUUGACGCGUCAGGAGAGUAACGAAAGUUCGAGCACCGGGGAAAUGGAGAGCGCCGGAAAACUUCACUUUGCCCUUCGCUACGACAAGGAGAUCGAGGGUCUUGUGGUGAAGGUCUUGGAAGCUCGUGAGUUACCCGUAAAAGAUGUAUCCGGCAGUAGUGACCCUUACGUCAAAAUUUAUCUUCUUCCUGACCGCAAAAAGAAGUACCAGACUAAGGUGCACAGAAAAAAUUUGAACCCGAUUUUCAAUGAAACCUUUAUUUUUAGCGUUUCACACGAAGAUUUACAAGAAAGGUACUUGCAAUUCUCCGUAUAUGAUUUCGAUCGAUUUUCACGUCAUGAUUUGAUUGGACAAGUAGUUUUGAGAGACCUUUCUGAUUGCACAGACUUUGAACAUGAGAUAGAAUACACGAUGGAUAUUAUGUGCACUACACAGGAUAAAGUUGAUUUGGGCGAAUUGAUGUUAUCCCUCUGCUAUCUACCCACUGCUGGACGUUUAACGCUUACUGUAAUCAAAGCUAGAAAUCUAAAGAAAAUGGAUAUUACAGGCUCAUCAGAUCCGUAUGUGAAAGUUUAUCUAUUAUGUCAAGGCAAGAGAAUAAAGAAGAAAAAAACAAGCGUGAAAAAAGGUUGCCUGUGUCCUGUUUACAAUGAAGCUCUCGUUUUUGAUGUACCUGCAGAAAACGUAGAGGAUGUCAGCCUUAUCAUCAAAGUGAUAGAUUACGAUAGGAUUGGAUCGAAUGAAUUAAUGGGUUGCACUGCAAUCGGAGCAAGUUUCAUUGGCAUUGGAAGAGAUCACUGGUUGGAAAUGCUUGACAAUCCUCGAAAGCCUGUCGCACAAUGGUAUACUCUAUCAGAAACUGUUGCUGGGCACAUUCCAUCGGCUGAUCAGUUACCAGUGAGCCUCAGUUGUUUAACUCGAAGAUGAAGGUGUCGAUCUGAAAGUUGUCGUUAUGACAAAGCUUUUAAGUCCAACAAUCGUCUCCAAUAAUAGACGAGAUAACUGACGAGAAUUCAUGAAGAAAAUUCAUGCUUUGCGUCCUGCAUAACGUGGAAAGUGUGGAGUAUAUGUAAACACAGCGAAUCAUAAGAUCGUCAACAGAAAACAAGUUAAUUGCUCGCUCCAAAACUUAAAAGCGAUACGAUUGCGUGAAGCAUAUGUACCGUUGGUUGCAAAUUAUUAUAGUUGCGCUUUCCGAAAGAUAAACGAGGUGUGACGAUGGCAAUAAUGAAAGGCGAUUUUUAUACGAAUAAUUUAUUUGAAGGGUUUCAUUUUUUACAUUGCUGAAUUAGAUUAUUAAGUCAUUUUAGUUCUCUAAUCUAUAAAUUAAUUUUACAAUGAAUACUAAAAGCAGCGUUAGUUUGAUUUAUUAGUUUUUUAGAAGUCACUAUAAGUAUAUUGUGACCAUCCUUUUAACGUUUUACAUCGGCAAAAUUAGAUAAAAGAUGAUAAUAUGACUAAAAUGCGGUAAUCAAGUUCACAUAAUUACGCAAGCAAAAAGGCCUUACUUUACAAGGAUUAGAUAAAAUGAAAGACAACAGCGAAAGAAAUGUAGGUAGACUAUUUUGGAAAUAAUAGUUUGAAGAACAUUGUAAAAUAGUAAAAUAGAUCUUACGUAUCGAGAAGUGGGCUGAGCAUCCAAAAAUACAACAUGUUGAUAAUGAAUAUACACAAAAAAAUAAAUAAUAAUAUCGUUGUUGAUUGCAUCAAAAUAUAAUUUUUCAUCCAUAGUCUUAUUCAUUCACAAAGGAGGAUCAUACACCUAAAACAACACAAUAAAUAUUUAUUUAUAUACGGUGUUAUGUAAUUAUAUGAAAUACAAUUUAAUUUGCAGUAUAAUAAAAGUAACAUAAGAAUUGGCAUUAAAUGUCAAAUAAUAAUAAGCUAAAAGCACGAACUGCUGUAGAUCCAGAUAGAAGAAAUAUGUAUCCUUCGCAUAAAGAAAGUAAUAUAUAUUUCAUAUAAGAUAAGAGUUUAUGUAUGUUAAUAUUGAAUGGAAUAAGGAAUUCGUUAAAUUUUUGUGAAAAAAAUGAAUUUGAAGAGAUAUCUGAAUAGAAAACUAUGAUUUUCAUAGCAAUUAAAGUAAAUUUAAGGUUCGAGACGAUAAACAUAAAUUUCUUAGUUUUAUUUGUGCAUGUAUUACUCAAUAUUUAGUUUGUAAUUACUGAUAACUCAUCUCAAUCUAAGUAGUUUUAGACAAAAUAUGUAAUUUAUUAUGAUACAAUAGUUUACUUUCGUUUAUUUCGUUCGUAAUAAUAAAAAAAGACAACAUGUAACGUUCGAUGCAACAAAUUCUUGUAUUAUAGUAUAAAAUAUGAUAAAUUAGAAUUAAAGUUGAUGUUGUAUAAAAAAUAUCUUUUAUAAUUCAUGAGAAACUGUUAUAUGAAUCUCAAUCAAAUGCCAAAUUAAUAUGCGAUAUUAUAUUAAUUAUCAGAACUGAGUGACUAUCGCAUAUCCUAUAAAAAAUGAUAAAUGUUUUCAAAGUAUGUACCAGAAUCAAUGUUCAUAAAAUCUACUUUCACCAUGGUUAGUUUAAAAUGAUGUAAGAAUUGCUUUUACAUGAGGCGAAAAAUGCAUAUGUUAGAAUAUUGUAAAAGUAUAUAUUAUGCGCAUCAUCUUUAAUAUCAAAAAGCUUUAAGCGUUUGAAUUCGACAAUAAUGAAAUUUAUUGUUUAUUUAUAUGCACUUACUUUAUUAUUCAUCACGUAUGUACAUUAAAACAUUAAAAAAUGAUAGCUUCAUUUGUUUCUGGUUUUAACUGCCAAAGCACACAAUAACCAGUAUUUUUAAAUAAAUAAAAGAUAAAUUUUGUAUUUAAUACAUUAUCAAAAUAAUCUAAAAAAUAAAUUAAACUAUCUAAUUUCUUCUUUUUUGUUUAAGAUACAAUACAUUGUUUAAUAUUACCUACAAGAUUAUAGAAGAAAAUUAAUUUUUUUUUCAUUUCUAUGUAAUUGUUGUUUUUUACUGAUUGUGUGAAUGUUUAAAUUAUUUUAAUAUGACUAUUCAUUAUUGUCGAUGAGAGUACCUUUCUUAAUGGAUCGUUCGUGAGGACAAUAAAGAAUGUAAAGUGAAUAAGAAUGGCGUACCGUUAAAAAGCUCUAAAUAUAAGAUACUUUAUUUUUAAAUCACUGAACUUAUUUGCCAAAAGUCCAUAAUACUGUAUCAGUAACAUUGCUGCUCCAGAAAGACUGAUGAUUUAAUAAAUUAUGAUUUGUUAUAUAUUACUCUACAAAUGAAAUGCAUAAGUAGUCAUGCAUAGGUAUUUUUAACAUACCCACCAUGAAGUUUGUACUUGUUUAAAUCCGAAACGGGGAAAAAAGUACAAAGUUUAUGUUGUUUAAAUUUUUUUUUACAAUUUUGUGUGUAAAUUUAUUAUUUUCGCUCAUUUUUUACACUGGUACCUAUAACAAGAGUGAAAACUUACCCAUAGAUUUUUGGAGUCCGUUUAAGAUAUUAUAAAUUUACACAAAUUACUAACUACUAUAAUUUUAUAAAUAGGUAGAGGUUGGUUCUUAUAUACAUUUUAAAAUGAAUUCCUUCUGAAGUGUUACAUCUUGAUUUAUCGCCCUUAUCAUUGUAAUGAAGAAGUCAUAGAUUAUUCUGUUUUUAUUUACUUUGAUAAAAAAAAUUUUGUUCCUUUCGAGUAAGAAUGACCUUGUAUGAUCAAUGCUUUCGCCAACAAAAAUGCCUGUAGAACUUUGCGUAACUUAAACGUAAACUGUAGCCAUUUUGUUGAUCUAAAAAGUGGAACACGUGACACUGGCACACUCACUCACUUUCGAUACAAAGCAAAUCGUUUCUAACUAUGCCACAACUCAUAUAAAAAUUCAUAUUUCAAAAAUGUGGUAUUUAUGUACGUUAUUUAUCUGACAACACUGGUGAUAAACUUCAGAAAUUGAUUAGCAAAAAUAGAAUAUGUAGAAAUAAAGUUACAGUUGUUCCGCUAUCUAGGUUAAUAAAGUGUUAAUCACAGUUAAGUCCAUGAAAAAUAGUAUAUUGUGCAACGAGUGCGAUAAGUUGCCAAUUACGCACGUAGGCGGGUUGGCGCAUGAGCGAAGCGAGUUCAACAUUGAGCCCGCGUGCGUGCUUGGCAACUUAUCACACUAGUUGCCCACACUGUUUUUCUUCACGAGAGCGAGGAUAAAGUGCCGCAUAACGCACGGUUUUGCCGAGGCUAAAAUGGGAGAGGUUAUGUAGACUGUUGGGGCACUGCGAGAAGCGUUGCUUUUUUUCAUAAUUCUACGCUUUUGCGUUGCGUUAUUUUUCAUUACGCAACGCAUUUGCUUAUAACCUGACGCUUUUACCUUUAACCUCACCCGAUGAUAUAAUUCGCCAUUUAGCCAAGGCAAAACCGUUGUGUUAUGCGGCACUAUCCGAGCACGAGUGAUAAAAUGUAAUUUUUUAAAUAUAACCCUCUCCUGACUGACGGACCUUUGCAACGAGCCUAAAGCUUUUUGAAAUUAAAAGAUCACAAUAUUAUUGUGAGAUAAUAUAAUAAAUCAGUAAAUAAGAAUGUAUAACGACCGCAAUAUAUUUUACUAUGUUGUAGGAGCAACCAUUAAGUUCUGGAAUUUUUUAUUCAGAUUCAGGUAGAAGAUCUAUUUCUUAAUGAUCAUAAGUAGUAAUUUAAAAAUACUUUUCGCGAAUGAUAAAUUAUUGGAAGUUAUUUUCUAAUAUUAAAAAAAGAAACAUUUAAAUGUUAAAAUGACUACCAAAGUUCGAAGAUCAAUAAUGGAAGGUUAUUGGUGAUAACAAAAAAAAAACCCAAAAAACCAUAAUUCAAAUGAAAAAAUUGCCGUUCAAAGAUCUUUAUUAGUCGAUUUCUACAUUCAAAUUUUAUUGUUGUCGUCUUAUGAUUUUAGAUUCUUUAACUAAUUUAUACAUUGAACAGUCAAUACGUAAUACUGUUAAUAAUACUAUUAAUAAAACGAAAACUUAUAACGUUAGAUGUCUUCAAACUUCAAUUAAAUAUUUUAUUUAGUUACGAUCAAUUUAAUCAAAAAUUGUAUGCAAAUCAGACUUAGACCAGAUAUCCAUUUAAAAAAAAUUAGAUUUGUUUGUAUGUAUGAAUCAGCUGAUUUGAAUUUUACUAAUGAUUUUGUAAUACAAAGGCAGAAAAGUGUGGUUUAAAAAAAUUGUUUGUUAUAUUAAAAUACUUUAAAAGUCUAUAAAUCGCGCAUUUCAUGAUAAAAUAUCUACAUGGCAUCACUGUAUCGUUCAUAUAUAAUGCAAGUGCACAAAAAAUUAUUAUUUUAUUCGGUUAUGCAUUAAGUUGUCUUUUUUUUUAUUAUUGAGUAGAAUAAUCCAUACCUAAUAUAGUAACAUAAAUGUACAAAUAAAACUAUACCUUAAAAAAUGUGUUUUAAAAUUAGUAAAUAAAGUAGUGUUUUUAUUAAUAUAAAUUUGUACAUAAAUUAUUGAUAUUAUUUUGUUUUCAUAUAAGUUCUAUGAUAUAAAAUUUAUUUCUAUGCUCUGUAUUUGAUUUCGAAUGAAUGUUUAAUAAAAAUCUGAAAAAAAACCCUCGUCUUUGUGAUAAAACGUAGAAAAAGCUAAUACCAUGCACAUAAACAAAACAUUAAUACUGUUAAAAUAGGCAUACACGAUUUAUGGAAUUAAUGUUUGCAUACAUAUAAACAAUAAAUUAUAGAUUCGUAAAAAAAAUGAGAUUAUAUCUAUGGACUAUGUUGCGUUAUUACUAACAUGAGAUUUUUUUUAAAUAAUUGUCAAACAUAAUGUUAUAAAUAAUUCAUACAUGCAUAUUACGCUAAUAUAUGAAAAUAUGAUUGAAGUCUGCUUGUGUCGUAUGAGUUUAUACAAAAAUGUUGUUAGUUAAUAAUUAUAAAAUACAAUCAAGCCAUUUUUUCUAAUAUUAUCUUUCUAAUAUCUAAUUUUUCUAAUAUGGCUUUAAAAAUUAGUUCACGUAGAUAAUUAUUAUAAUAAGGUUGUUCUGGACGUAACCGAGGGCUACUAAGGAUAAUAGCAAGUGCGGCGUAUUUAUUCUUUAUUAUUAAUAUAUUCUACCUAUUAGUAGUUUUAGCGAACGUUUCUCCGUCAGUUGCCUCUCAUAUGCGCGAAUCGACAAGGCGAUUCGUGGCUUCAGGCCAAUACGGUUAGGAGUGGUUUUAUAAUCAUUCCUAGACUGCCACGACCUCAGUAGGAAGUUUACUCCACGGAUUUUGAAGGUCACUUUCAGUGCGGAGAGGCUAAAGGGCCGAUCUGUGACUGCCAGGCCAAAGAGUCGAGUGGCGGGAGGCGUUCACGCGGGCACAUGACUGUGUGUAUAUAGCUAUAGAUAUAGAGGAGUGCGCGCACUGCUUCGAGUCUCUUCGGUAGUCCUCGGGAAAGCGUCUUUGUUUUAGCGGGCCCGAGUUAUCGGCGGCGUUUAAUAAGUAGAGCGUCAGUUCUCGGCGACAACUUGUGAGAGAAGGUCACACCAGGACCUAAUCGUUAGGAGAUUUCAAUAAAGUCAUAAUAUCUGAUCAACAAUGAUUUCACAGUUUAUUUUUGAACCUUCGUGUAGUCUUGCCACAUACAAAGGUUUCAAGCUAUAUGCAAAAUAGAAUUUUAAGAGGCUCAUGAUUUAUAUUAUCACUUUAAUUUAUGUACUUUAACGUAAGCUGACUAAUCAUUAGUGUAAAUAAUUGAUUAUGGGAAAAUGAAUGAGAUUAAUAAUUGUUGUAUGCAUUACUAUUUGCAUUGCAGCCAGAAUCAUGUCUCACAGGUUCGAUUACUAUAUGAGAUCGCGUCUCAAAGAUAAUAAUUAUAAACAAGUGUCCUAGGUUUCAAAGAUCUGUUGUGAUCACACAAAAUCUCCAAAUUGGGGUAUAAACGAAUUAAAUCAUCGGAAAAGAUGAAUAAGAAAAAAUCUAUUUUUGGCAAAAACAUAUUUUUUGUGAAAAUUUACUGAAAAUAUUGUCAAUAAUGUAAUCAACAUUUUAUUUUCAAAGGAUACGCAAGACUUCAGUACACGGAAAAAUGGUUGAUGAAGAUAGCAAAUGCGUUUGAAAAAGACGUACGUAAGUUCUAGUACUUGAUAACACUUAGUACCUAAGUAAUUUAUAAAUAAAAUGAAUAAUUAAGAGCGAUUUUUUUUAAUAAUAUUUUUAUUCACAAAUUUAUUGAUAAAAAUUAUUGGUUGUACAUAAGGCGUUAUCAUACUCUAUUUUUCUUGUGUGCUAAAUUAAAAAAAAAUGACGUGGACUAUAUUAAUUAUCGCUAUAAUUAAAUUUGUCUUUAUACCUUAAUAUACUUAGAAUUAAAUUAUUGUUUGCAUUGCAUUAUUUAUAAUAAAUAACUAAAUAUUAAUGAAAACAUGCAACAUAGGUAUAGGUACUUAUGAGUGGGAAUCUAGUAAAUCAUAGCAAAUAUACUUUUCUAAUGAGUAUGCAUAUCUGUACUCGUAUGUAGAUCGUUAUAGAAAAUAUCUACUGUGAUUGUGGCAAAAAUAAACAUUGUAAAUUCAACUACGAUGAUAUAAAUACUGAUACAUACUUAAAAAA